AUGAAACUUAAAUUGAAUUUGUUUACUCGUUUCCUAAAUACAACGUUUAACUAUAUUAAUUUAAAACAUUAUUCACAAUCAAAACUUCUAUUUAAUAAGACAGAUAUUGAUUUAAUAAAUUGGAAAGAUGAACUUAAUAAAACAAUGCAAAUUCUUCCGAAUUUUGUCACAAUUGAAGAAGAAAUGUCUUUAAUUGAAGAAAUUGAACCUUAUAUUAAAAAACUACGAUACGAACAGUCACAUUGGGAUGAUGCAAUACAUAAUUAUAGAGAGACAGAGAAAAGCAAAUGGAAUGAAAAAAACAUAGAGAUAAUAAAUAAAAUUCGAGCAACAGCAUUUCCUAAAAAUAUAUCUCAGAUUUCAUUGACACAUAUUUUGGAUUUAGCACCAGAAGGAUGGAUAAAACCACAUGUAGACAGUAUUAAGUUUUGUGGAGAAAUAAUUAGUGGUUUAAGCUUGUUAACUGAUAGUGUAAUGAGGUUAAAAAUGAUUGAUAACGAAACAUUAUACAAAGAUUUCCUAUUACCAAGAAGAUCUCUAUAUAUAAUGAGUGGUGCAGCUAGAUAUAAUUAUAAUCAUGAAAUUUUUAAAAAUGAGGAAUCUUUUUUCAAUGGACAACAUAUACCAAAGGGUAGACGUAUAUCAGUAAUAUGUAGAAGUGAACCAUCUUGUGACUAAUAUUAUGAUUAUAAAUAGUUGUUGUGUUUGUAUGAUAUAGUUGAUA